AUGACGUCCCCUUCACCAUCCGGAAAUGUGGUGGUCGUUGGUUCAGACGGCAAUUCGACCGUUUCGGACCGUUGGCCACCACAAAAACCGUGGAUAUCACCUCCACGUGUACGGAUAGAUCGGCAGUUUGUGAUAACUGCCGUGCCUCAUGUGCUCAUGUUUCUUCUCGUUUGUAUCGUCUUCACCGCACAACAAACACGAAUCUCAACGCUUGAGAGACGCAUCGAUCAGCUUGCCGUUCAGAUGGAAGAACAACUUCAUUCCACUCCUUCAGAUGACAAUUCAGAUGACGUGGUGAAGAGUCGAAAAGUGAGGAAUUCGUGUAUGUGUCCAGCAGGACCACCAGGGGAACGAGGACCAGUUGGACCACCAGGUCUUCCAGGUCUACCUGCUCCGUAUUACCGUCGUCCAAGAGUACCACUUUCAAAUAAUCUUGAUGAAUCGAUUUCUCGUAAAAUGAGAGCAUUUGGAAUGUUGUAUUCUCCUGAUGGACAAGCUAUUCAAUUACGUGGAAUGCCUGGACCACCUGGACCCGCGGGCCCGAAAGGACUUCGUGGCUAUCCUGGAUUUCCGGGUCCGAUCGGUUUGGAUGGUCCGCGAGGUCUCCCGGGAACACCUGGAUCAAAGGGAGAACGUGGAGAACGUGGUCCAGUUGGUCCACCAGGAUUCCCAGGUCCAAAAGGUGAUCGAGGAGUCAUGACUGGUCCAUUCGGAGUUCAUGGUCAACAACAAUCAGCUGCUGGUCAACUCAGCCAUCAUUCAACGAUGAAUAGUGGUCAACCAGGUCCACCGGGUCCCCCCGGACCACCUGGUCCAGCUGGAAGAGAUGGAAGACAUGGUUUGAAAGGAGAUAGAGGACUGCCAGGAUUCGACGGAGAGUCGAAAAUCGGGCCGAAAGGAGAAACUGGAAGUCCUGGAAGAGAUGGAAUACCAGGAGCAAGAGGACCACCGGGAGAAAGAGGAGAGAAGGGUGACACUGCUUUCCUUUCAACCUAUCCAAGAGGUCAAUCAGUCUCCACAGUCAGUUCUCCAGGAGCUCAAGGACCGCCAGGACCUCCGGGACCACCAGGAGUGUGCCACGUGUCACAAUGUAUUGGAGUACAAGGACCUCAAGGUCCACCUGGAGAUCCAGGAAGAACUAUCAUUGGACCACAAGGACCACCGGGCGAGAAAGGUGAACGUGGAGAACGAGGUGAAACAGGAGAUAAGGGACCACCGGGAGUUCCUGGAGCUGCAAAUCUUUUAAAUGGAGGAAAAGCUCUUGUUGGACCACCAGGCCCUCCAGGAAGAGAUGGAAGACCAGGAGAGAAGGGAGAAAAGGGAGAACAGGGAUUACGAGGAGAUAUGGGAUUACCUGGACCAGAAGGAACUCCUGGAAAACGAGGACGGAGAGGUCGACACGGAAUUUCACUGGUUGCUCCAAAUGGAACAAUUAACGAGGAUGUUAAGAAGUUAUUGAAGACAGAAUUGAUGCCUUUAUUGAUUGAAGAUAUUUCUGAAUUACGUGGAAAGAAUGUGAUCCCAGGGCCACCGGGACCUCCUGGACCAAGAGGUCAUCAUGGACCAGUUGGACCACCAGGAGAACGUGGACCGCAAGGUCUUCCAGGUCAUUCUGGAGACAGAGGUGAUCGGGGAGAUAUUGGACCACCAGGACUCCCCGGACAGCCUGGAGCCGCAGAAAGUACAGGAAGCCAAUCAGGCGUUCGUGGACCACCGGGACUUCCAGGACCACCAGGAGAAAAAGGAGAUUUGGGACCUCCGGGACUUCCAGGACAACCGGGAGCUCUCGGAUUACCUGGACCACCGGGUCCAAUGGGACUUCGAGGUUCUCAUGGAACAGAAGGAAAACAGGGAAAACAAGGGCCCGAAGGACCAAAGGGAUAUCCGGGGCCUAUGGGACCACAAGGGCCACCAGGAAACGAUGGGGAACCUGGAAUCGAUGGAAGGCCCGGACCUGCUGGAGAGAAAGGAGAUCAAGGGAUUCCCGGAUUGGAUGCACCAUGUCCAACUGGUCCAGAUGGUUUACCUCUUCCUUAUUGUUCAUGGAAGCCAAUGGAUGGCAAGAACGACGUCUGGGAGCGCCGAAAACGGGCUACAUUACCAAGAAGUGAGCCCAUUUCUGAAGAGAGGGCAUCUAUCAAAAACUGA